AAUCGAAUGUCGGCCCAAGUAAUGUGCUAUCAUGUUUUCGCGCAGCGUAAACAAUGAGUGUCUACGCUUCCUGCUGGUCGUGUGUGUGUUUCUGCCCUGUGUCGUAGCCGAAACUCCUGGGUGCACUCUGGUAAACAAGGACUCGAAAUCGGAGAAAGCGCUUUUGGAAGGGCUGCACGACUUGAAGGGCGAAACAUUCACUGUCGAGGACAGGGUAGACGGUAAACUGAAGAACGUCUACGAAAUCGGCAUAUGUGCCAGCGUGAACAAGUCUGCUCCACAAGUAGGGGCCAUUCAGCAUGUCAUUGGCGAAAAAGUCAACCAAACAGUCGUGCUAGGCCAGCUGAAUUCUACCACGCUACUCGGAGCUCCCGGGUGGACUCUAGUCACUUACAGAAACGGAGAUCGCUAUAACGGAUCGUGUAACAACUCCUCGCGAGAAGUCCAGUUUGCUGUCAUCUGUAGUCCAAACGAGCAUCACGGCACCCUUCAGAUUGCGUCCAGUGGCCGUGCAGGAGAGACAGCAUGCACUUUCCUUUUUGUGAUCAGCAGCAGUGUCGUCUGUUCAAAGGAGAAACACGAGCAGCACCAUCGUGGCCUCAGUGGGGGAGCUGUAUUUUGCAUACUAUUUUUCACAGUGGCCGGCAGCUAUCUGCUCUUGGGUUUCCUGUACAAGCGCAUUGUUGUUGGAGCAAAAGGCCUAGAGCAGAUACCCAACUAUAGUUUCUGGAAGGAUUGUGGCAACCUGCAAGCUGACGGGUGCAACUACAUCUGCCGCUGCCAAUGCGACUCUGCCGACGAGCACCGUUCCUACCGGGACAUCGAUGACAGGCCGCUUCGCCCGGACGAAGACAGGGACGACCAGCUGCUGACCAUGCAUUAGCUCUGUUGGGUUCGUGUGCAGCAUGCGUCACCACGGAAUAGAUAGAACGUUGGAUAGGGAGAGAAAAUGCUUUGAAUGCACGCGCAUCACAUAUCACCGUUGUCGUUAUGGAGCUGCUAUUCCGUCAUUAAGAUUUUAUGCGCUUCUUAAAGCAGAGAUUUUGUUGAAACCUGGUGUAUAAAGCCUCACGUAUUACUGAUGCAUACUUUUCCACCACCAUAACGAGGAGGAAGCACGAUGGAAAUGCUUCGGCACAGUUUGUGAAAUAGACAAAACACAGCAGUCUAGUAAUGCUAGACUGCAUACCUCACACUGUGAAUAAUUCGGCUUGGGAGGCAUUCAAAUCAUUUUCAUACUUACCUCCACGUAUAUGAGCGAAUUUCGUGACAGCUAGAAAAGUGGUGGAUGUGAUAGUCUUCUUGGAGUGCGAAGGAAAUGUGUGGGCGAGGGGAUCCUUAUCAGUCUGUGUCUGAUGUGUGGAGCUCCGUUCCGACGUGGUGGCUGCAGUGGUGAAGACUACAUCGUUGACAGCGCAGGGAAGAACCACCCAAACUACAUUGUCUCUCUCCUAAUAGAAGCUGGCAACAGUUAUAGAUUGAAGCAGAAAGUUGCUGUCUUACUAAGGCUUUGUUGACCCCAAAAUAGUACCGUUUCUCAGCUUUCCGAUGUUUCGUGCCUAAUCUAUAGUGGCUCUGAAGGUGUCCCAUAACACUCUGGCAACCAUUAUGGGUGCUUGUAAAGUGAUCUUGGCAACCCAUGAAUUGCCCAUGCUGCCCGGAGACAUCAAACACGAAGGACUGUCUGCCAAGUGUGUUUGCGGAAGCAGUUCGCAACAAACAUAUUGUUCAGCUACUGUUUUGCAAACUUGCAUGUAUUGUACGACAAGGCUUCAAAAACUUUUUUUCCUUAGUUCUCAGAGAAGCAGACCUUGCGGUAUAGCCGUGCGCUUUUGAUACAAAUGGCUGGAGACGUAUAAAAAACGUGCCAUCGCUGCACUAGGCAUGUUCCUGCACCACUGUAUUUGACUAAAGCCCAUGAAACCAGUGCGGAAACUGUGCAUUCCACUUGGUAAAUAUUUUUCAGGAUGAAUACUUUUGCACCUGGUGAAUACUUUCACACGACACGUCGUCUUGUGUAACACUUCAUAGGAGAGACUGAUGUUCUGGUUAUGGCAUUCACCAACCGGCGUACACCGUGUGUGACAUUCCUCAAAGCGAUAUAAAAGCAAUGCCUGCUCUCUAAGAGCCAUGCUUGUGAGAAAAUGGCAGGCUUAGCAAAAUUCGUUGUGAAGAUCUUAUCUUAUAAGAGUAAUGGCAUUUUUUCCUGUUAAACGUCCCUAGUGAGUUCAACUGGGCAGAGGGUAGGCUGUAUCAAGUUUUGUUAGGAGUUAUUUUAAAGUUAUGGUUACAUACUGUGUGUGCACUCAGUCAGAGCAUGUCUAUUUUGUUUCGUUUGGGAUUUGUGGCUGUCUGAUCGAUGAGUGACCGACUGGAGAAACGAAAGAAUAGCGUGUGUGCUUUGUGCUUCUUUCGUGAUGUGAGAGUUCAACCCCCAGAGAAAAACUGAUGGCUGCAGGCAUAACAGCUCAGUCAAAUCCAAGCUGCAGAAGUUAUUAGUGCAGUGGUAAAAAAACAAACAAAUGUUGGACACUUUCCCUCGUACUGCAAUGAGGAUUUCAUGAUUCUGGUAAAGAUUGGGCAAGACUUAAAAGGACACUGACAUUGGAAACUAACGGCAAAUGUUGCACUUUCCAAAUGUGCAAUUCCCUCCCCCCCAAAAAAAACCUAAAUAAACCAUAAUUCCACUGGCGGAUAUCGUAGCUACUCAUCUACCCCAGUGUGAACAUAAAAAAAAAAAAAACAAAACAUCAGUCUUCAACAGCAGUACUGUGGUUGUUGGCUUUUAGAGCUGGCACGAAAGGCCUCCAUGAUGAAGCAGAAACAAUAAUGAAGAUGUGAACCACGCACUGCUGUGAUAAUAGCUGCCAAACAACCCUGAAUGAUGUUUUUAUGGCAUGUAAACUAGAAACCUGGUCUUGGGACUUUCUGCAAGCUUCACGUGGCAGAUACGAGAGCAAGAUAUCAGCACCUUCUGACUUUUAAGACAAUCUGUCAGUGUUCUUCAAGAUGGCAGUACAUAUUUGCUUAUCUCUAGCGAUUUCCAGCAUACUGUUCUCUGAAAUAAUAUGCAACGUACCACAAUCUCGGGUGUCAUAGUUUUGGUGCACGGCUAGUGAUUAUCGUUUCCAAUUAGAGAAUCAAGUGAUCUUGUACAAGAUGAAAGCCAUCGCAAAAUGCAGAUGUGUCGUAUACACCUGAUGUUUUUGGCACUGGUAUUGUAGCUACAUGCACACAAACACAGAAGCUGUCAUAUUUCACAUACUGUAGUGGUAGCGACAUACAGCAAACCGAGUACUGGAAAAUGACUUGCAAUGUUUUGACGAUGUCAUACAUGUAGGCCAAUAAUGAGCGAGAGAGGGAACGACAGUAUAAAUAGUUUUAGUUUACUUUCCUUUUCUUGCACCGUGGCUACACUUGGGUGCACAUCCUGUUUUUGUUUCUUUGAAAGUCGUAUGUUGGGCAUUUAUGUUUCACCUUGUACCCACAUAUGAAGCAUUCACAAAACACAUCACACGAAAUGCUACACGAACGAAGUAAGGGAUUUUCUCUGGAGAUCCUAACAAAUGAAACACAGCAGUCCUAGCUAAUGGCAUUGACGAAGUCCGGCCAAGGUCAAAGCCGCAUGCCUCAAUAUCGUGCAGUUUAUCGCAUGUACAAACUGUCCUCAUAAUUUUAUCAGACAUUUGCUCCCCAGAGAAUCUCUGGUUUUAUGCCAUCGAGGCUCGGUAGUACAAAUUUAGUGAAACACAGGGUUGGUUGCAAAGGCUACCACACUAUGAAAUUUAGAGUCUGGAACUAUGCGCCCAGGUACCGUGGGAAUUCUUGAAAAAAAUCCCACAUACCAUUAACUUUUAUGGCUAACUGCAAGAACAUUUUAGGUCGUCUAGUAUAGUGCACCGGGCAAUACAUGAAAAUCAACACAACUGCACAGUCAACUUUUAUUUGUUGGCUUGUGUGCUGUUUAAAGUAGUAUUAUCAGAUACAACACCUGUGAGGGAUACACAUACAAUACACAAAUCAACCAUGUUAUAUGUAUACAGGUGUGCUGGAAGCACAGAUGUUGGCAGUGGUACCCAGGGGCCUUCCUCAUCUGCUUUUUUGGUUCUUAUGAUAAUAGCAUUCAUUCGUAUUGAACACACAUGCAAAGUCCUGACAAAAUUCUCAUUUCAAUAUUAGAUAUUUAGGUGUCAAGUUUUGAAGCUGUCCUGUAGUGCUUCAACUGGUACAAUAAACUGGCAUAUGCCAGUGCAACCACCGAACAAGCUUUAGUGUAAGGCUCAGUGACUGUACAUGACGUUCCACUUACACCAUUUCUUUAGACAUAAAAAAAACUUUUGGUUAUUGCACAAGCUAUGUGUAUACCGAUGUUUUUUUUUUUUUUCACGUUAAUUAUUGUCGCAGUAGAAAUCUGUAAAGGUGUGGGAACGGGAACUUUUGAAAUGAUUUCAAAUGUUACCAAAAGCAAACCAAUUCGAUUAUCAAAACUGUUUUGAAGAUGGAAGAACUGCUUUUACAACUUAUACUGUACACUCACUCCUCCUUAUAACAUAGUUGCAUCUUACGAGAAAAUAAGCUCGUCAUAUCCGAAAAUUCGUGAUAAAGACUAUUUCUAACAGUGUAUUUAUUGCAAGACUAUUUUCUAUUUAAUUUGCUAUAACCUUUAAUUCGUUAUACCGGUGUUUGUUAUAUCGAGGCUUGAGUGUAAAUGAUGUUCACAUCGAAGUGUUUCCUGUCCUGGCAUUAAAACUAGAAAUGGACAGCAGCAGGAAUGAAUAGGCACAUUUUUCUCACGUACAGAACUUGCCGGAGUGUGCGAAUGACUGCUGUAUACCGCUAAAGUCUGGCUCCCCGUGUGAUAUAUCCUGUUGCACCGCACGUUUUACGUAUUAUGGCUAUAUUAUGCCCGUGCAGGCUAAGUUUAUUGCAAUUUUACACCGAUUUUGUAUUUGUAUGGGUGCAGUUGACAUUCUAAAAUACUUGGAAAGUAUUCUAGAAACAUUCCUGUCUUCAAAUAGCACCAUUCAAUUCAAAGAUCAAAUCAAAGAGGGCACUGUUUGAUUAUGUAUUUCCAUGCAUCUUUAAAAAAAAAAAAUCUGUGAACAUCAGGAACAUUCUUUGUGAGCAUUGUGUAGGACGACUGUUUUCUAGAUGGUUGCAGCUUUAGAGCAAAAGUUGAUUACAGUGCCUAAUUAAGUAAUGGCUUGAAGUACAUCAAGGCCCGUUUGGUUUCUGUGAAUUGUAGUAUCGAAAACCAUGAUGGCAGCGGUAUUCUUGAGUCUUUAUGAAAAAUGAAAUAUAGUUAGCUACUGCUGUCAUGCUACUAAAUGCAUCUUGUAAAGGUUAAACCAAAUAUGAAUAUAGUGCUUAGCUGUGGCUAACAUAUGCCACAACGUAAUUAGCAAACAUGUUAUAUUUACCAAUUACAAACAGUAGUUGCGGUGCCUAUUUAGCAUCACCAUGGUAUUACAAAUAAUAUCAUGCAGUAUUUCACCGACUUUGUAAAAUGGUGUUGUUCUCAUGUGGGAAUUUCCUGACAUUGCCCAUGCACUACUUUCACUAUUUCCUGUUCUCUAAUGAAAUCUGUUUGUUUUACUUUUACUGUGACCAUCGGAUUUGUCGAACUCAUGUUGUCCCUAUAACACUGCUACAUGUGGUUCAUCAUGUGGGUUGUAGUUCUGUACAUUUCCCACACUACUCUUGCACACAAUGUGGAGAGCUGAAACAGUUUAACAUUUGUACUUUUUUGUGUGAAUACUAGAAAAUGCAUACGAAUCCAUUUUGCUUUUUAGUAUUGGGGGAAGUAACGCAAAGGCUUGUCCACCGCACUUCACGCUUGUGUGCCAUUCUGGGCCUUGCAUGUGCAUAUGCAAUGAAGUUUCACAAAGCAGAUCCACAAUUUACACAGUGCUUUGAACAUGAUAUCCGGCUUGUCUAUUGUAUAAACAGCCUCCUUUUACUGUUUUCAUUUUUCGUUCCAAGUCCUUUAGUGUAGUGCAACUGUACAUUGCAAGAGUGCAAAAGUGUUUGGCUAUGUCUUUCGAAGCUUUUCUGGUGAUUCUAAGCUUGAACCAAACAACUUGCUUACAAAAUUCAGAAAAAACUUACACCUCUUGACAAAAGAACUGAAGUUCGCUAUUAUUUACCAACUUGGAUGUCAGGAACACAUCGAGGUGUUGGCACGAUACUCGUCAGGAGCAGUUAAAUACAAAACACUUGAUUGAUCUAUGCUAAACACACAAAAAAGUUAAAAAAACGUUGAUAGGUUUUAAGGUUGACCUGCCGUACUUAAAAGUUAACCUUCAUCCUACUACAGUGCAGAUAACUUGCAGUGGUUCGUGUUCUGUAAGAAAGAGACAAGUUUAGAAGAGCAUACCUUUAGAAUGACUGCCAGACCAUUGCACCUCUUAUCCGCAUGUUCGUGAAUCAACAUCAACCGAACUCACUCUUUCUCAGCUAUUCGAGCAUACUAAAUCAUUCAGAAUCUGCCACUUUUGCACACCAUGGUAGGUGCACAGCCACAAAGGUGGCCUCUGUAACUUGGCAUGCUGCCGCAGUCGUGGAGGCCACUACGUAAUGGGAAUGCUAGUAGAUAGCUAGGCUCUGUCCACUGCGAGAGACUCAAUUUUCAGUGGCAUUCAUGGGCCCUUUAUGAACCAGCAGAGCGAGUCUGCUAGAUUCGCACAUUCCCGUAGGGCUGACUGCUCGACAAAGCAGCUUGAGUUGACCGUGCUGAGCCAGUGUGAAUGCUGUUGCUUGUUCUUCAUCAGUUAGUGUAGUUCCAGUUGGUGUACCUUGACAAGAUGGGCACGUGGCUUCUGUGUCUUGAGAACGGCCAUGCAAAAAUGCCAAUAUUUGCUUUGUAUUGCUCUCGUGCACUCGACUGCUCUCUUGGUCUUGAGCGAUCACACCUUGUUUUUUAUCGCCUCAUAUUGUGCCGAUGCUCUGGUGUUGUGCGCUUCAUUCUAGUCAUACAGAAACACUCUCUAGUGGUGUUAUCUCGUUUGUAGUUGUGCAAAACUUUCGCACUCCCAGGGUCUCUGUUGUGGAAGUCGAUGUUAUUUAAUUUUCAAGAGCCGCUUUACCACGUUUUAAUAACUCACAGCUUUUUAAGCUACAAGAAAAGCUGUUGCCAAUUUUGUAGGAAACCCUAGACUGAAGCAAGGCAGGCGCGUGCGCUACUGCCAUUCAGCAAGUGCUCACGAGCUGUUGCAGGACAGGUUCGCAACCUGUCACUAUUUCUGCAUCGAAAAUGUCGUCGUUGCAUUCGAAUUGUUGGAGGAAUUUUUCAUUGUGCCUGGCCUUUUCUUCGGUCAGUGUCAUGCUGUAGUGAAAUUGGAUUUUUUUCUAGACUGUGUGUACAUGAUACUGUGUUGAUACAAUGUGGCUCUUGUUUCCAGAAAUUUGUGUGUUGGUCGGUUGUUUUACCUAUGUUGGCUUCCUUUUCUUUUAUCUGCUUGCCUGGUUGCAUGUACGAUUGGUUUUGUGGAAAUAAAUGUGGAACACAACGAACAGG